AUGACGAGUUACUCUUCGACGACGGACAACUCGCCGGCGACAAGCAGUUGCUGCGCGAUUUGCAGCGAUCCGGUGGCUUCACAACACUUUGGAGUGUUCUCAUGUCGACCUUGUAGGUUUUGAAUCUAAAAUUGAAUAUGACGUCAUCUUAAGGGUUCUUUUGGAACUGCUUCUGUUUUUUAUAAAUAAAUGUAAAAAGUUGAAUAAAACCGAGAUUUUUCGCAAAAAUUUUUAGAGGUUUUGAAAUUUUAAAAAUGCUUGUGGCAUUAUUUAUAUUAUCAUCAGAUCUUGAAAAAAUUUGAGCCCGUCGGAAAAAUAAUGUGGAUUUGUCGCAGCAAAAUAUCUCGUCGCUGUUGAGCACCAAAUCCACGAUGGCAUGCCGUCGUAAAGCGAUGAUGGGCGAUUUCAAAGCGUGACAAAUCCACACUAUUUCCCCGAAAGACAGAUAUAUUUACAUGAUGAUAUAUAUGCAUAUGCGAAGAUUAACUGGUGAAAAUCCUAGCAUCUGCAUUAUCGUCUCAUCUGAUAUAUUCAACAACAUUUUGGCUUCAGAAUCAUGAUUUUUUUGCUUUUCCAGGUGCCGCAUUCUUCCGUCGCUCCAUUGUGCUGAAACGGAAGUACCGUUGCAAACGAGAGGGGAAGUGCAAAAUCAGUCCGAGUAAGUCCAUAACAUCUUUUUUAUUUUCAAAUUUAGAUGUUCGCAAAGGAUGCGCACAUUGUCGUCUGAACAAGUGCAUCAAUGUUGGAAUGGAGACGAAAAGUAGGUAUUGGAAGGAAUAGGGUUGUGUUGGUUUUGGAAAAAAGUCAUAGAACACACACCAGCUUUUGUGACCAAUUGAGUAAACUGGUUGUUUUGUAACAAGUUUUCGACAGCAAGCUGUUUAUACAAUCUUAUUUGUAGAACCAUAAUCUUAAUGUAAACUACGGCGAGUUUUUUUUCUAUGAACUAAAAACUUGACUCUGACCUUUUAGAUGACGUGUUUGAAGUGCGACGCAAAGAUUUUAAAAAUUUUUAAAGUUUGUCUGAAAAAUAAUGAGUGAAUUUUGCUGCGCCGAUCGUGUCGCCGAAGUGAAAAGCAAUUCGAUUUUGCAGCGAUACAAUUAAUUUUCUCGGCGGCGAUGCAAUUUUGGAUGCGACGAGAGAUCAUUAUUUUCCCGACAGACUGAUAUCUAUAUGAUAGGCUAGCAGCAAACGAGAUUUUUAGGCGUAAGGUUGGCCGAAAUACGACCGUUCUCUGCAAAUUUUUUUGUUGAAAAAAGUCAGCCUUAUUUAUUAUCUCUCCGGUAAUAUAUACCGGAGAAGGAAGUAAGUCUAAUAAAAAAAAACUAUUUUUUUCAUGCAAAGUCGGGGAAGAUAUGUAUGGUCAAGAAGCUGUUUUUUCUCCCUGACCAUUCUCCGCAAUUCGCGUACCCUCUUGCCCGCGAAGCCCUUCGAUUAUUUAGGCGGCACCAGAAAGCACGUGUGAAAACUUUAUAAAAUUGAUAUGUGGCCUACAUAAAUUUAUGGAGUCCUAGAGUCACUUACAGCCCAUCACAAAAUUGCUGGGGUGAUUUUGGCGACAUGUACUUUUGGGUCAUCGCUCGCACCUUAUCUUUUUUCGUGAAAACCUCAAAGAUCACUCCAGCGACUUUGGAUAUCUGUCUUUUUUAAAAGUGCAUUUGUAACACACUCAAACAAUAAAGAAUACAAACUCACGCAAAUUUUUUCCAUUUUCCAGAAAUUCGCUACGCCUUCGACAAAAAUGGGCCGAUCCCCAAGCCUUCCGAGGUGCCGUCUUCAACCCCAGGCUCGGUCAACAACGAAUCCUCAGCGUCCGAACUCUCCAACCCACUCUCAAAACCGCUAUUGCCGGACAUGGUAGCUGGCUACCGGAAAUUCCUCGCGGAUACAAAGACGUUUCAUACUGCACUGAAUCCCGAAAAUAUUUUCAAAGAAACAAUGGAGUUUAAGAUGGCUACGGUUGUGGAACACACGAAUUUUCAGAAGGCCUUAAUCGUAUACGCACUAAAAAUGCUGGACGAUUUUUAUCAUCCUUUUGGAGAGUUUACACGGGAAGUUAAGGUAAGCAUCGUUAAAAAUUAAGCUUCCAAAAUAUAAUACGACGCUCAAAUUUUUAUUUGGCGCACACGUAGGAGUUAGUCACGUAUCAUGAGUUGAAAACUUUACCUUUCGCUUUGUAGAGGCAGCCGAGAUAUUGGGCAAGAGGACAAAAUGCGGGGAGUUGGCCAUAUCUUCGCCAAUUUCUAGCGGAAAAAUUAUAAUAGUUUUUGGUGGAAGAGUUGACCUCUGUGGUAGAUUUAAUAUUGAAAUUUUAGAUGCAUCAUAUCAACUCUGGAUAGCUUUCCAGCCCGCGUUUUGCUUGGAGAGCCGAGAUAUCGAACAAACUUAUGCAAAAACGAAUGUUGCAUUUUUUGCAAUUUACGAUCUAAAAAUCUCGGUCAUUUCUGUACAGUUGCGAGCUAGGAGUCUCGAUAUGUCUUGAAAAAAUUAUUGUAAAUUUGUACCAAGUUUCAUCAAAAUCUAAGCGUCGUACUUGGAGCGCUUCUUCUCUGACCACAUAAGUCCAAAUCUUGUUUCAGGAAAGGCUGAUGAAAGUUUUCCACCUGUAUUUUGCCCUCCUAAACCAACACUACUUGAAUACCCUCUACUUCCCCAACGAUCACAGAAAGAUGUUCCUUCACUACGGCAGUUAUUUGGACUUUGGGAAAACGGAAUUCUUCUUUGCAUGGAACGAAACCGAGGCCCUUUCGUACUUGAGGUAGGGGAAUUUGAAAGUUCAUAACCUCUUCAGCUCGUUGGAUUGUUUGCACACAAAGUUCGCGAAACUGUCCACGAAAUUCAAAGCAAUCAUGCCGGACGAGACCGAAGUUGCCGCAUUAUCGGGGAUUAUUCUGUGGAGAGAAGGUGAGUAAAUAGAGUAAAUAACUAAAAUUAAUUGUUCCUGUCUGAAGGUAUAUAUCGGAAAAAUAAUGAACACUCUGUCGCAUCUACAAAUUGCAUCGCCGCAGAGAGAAUGCGGAGGCUUAGUUAGGCCUAAAAUUGUCUCUAGAGAUGCCUGAAACUGUUUUUUUAUCGACCGGUUUUGUUAUACGGAAGUUUGCUAAGAGCUCUUGCGACGGUUGAAACAAAAUUUCAAAAGAAUUUUUUUUUUCCUGCUACAAAAUUGACGGGCAAAUACCGUUACGGAGUACUAUAAUAGUAUUUUCAUAAAACGCACAGUGCAAUUCAACUUUUUUCCACGCUUGUCGCCAAUGCACAGUGAAUUUUCUCAUUUCGCGAAAUAAAAGCCUCAAAAAGGUCGUUGCAGAAUACAACGCAUUUUAUGAAGUAAAUACAUUCAGUCUAUCGGCAAACUAGUGAGCGCAAUGUCGCUUCGCCAAUCGCGGCACUAAAAUGAAAAGCAAUUUGAUUUUGCCGCUACAAAAUUCAUUUUCUCAAUGCGAUUUUAACUGCGAUAGAGCACUCAUUAUUUUCCCGACAGACUGAUAAUAUAAAUACGUGUUUAUCGUUAAUCAGUCUUCGGUAUUCAUCUCCGUCUUGUCAAUGUCACUCUAGUCAAGCCACAGUCUCAUCUUCUCCAACUUUCAGUGAGCACCCAGAUAGAGCACAAACUGUUUGAGUCGUUUCCGGAGCGGAUUCAAGACGAGCUCGGUCAGUAUUGCAAGCGGACUCAAGGCACGGCAGGCGCGGCUCUGCGACUGGGCCGAGUGCUGGGCCUACUGCGAGACCUCGAAGAGCUGGCGCUGAUGAUGACGGAAGGGAUGACUGUGGGCACUUUGUUGAACGGCAACUUCAACGCCAACCACCCGGAAAUCUUCCAACGAUAA